GAGGCGCGUGCCCCGGCUCAGUAGCGUUGGGGCUGGCGCGCUCGGCGAAUCUCAUCGGUGCACCGUUUGUGGGCGCUUCUGGGCCACCAAUUUCCCUGUCUUCCACCCUGGCGCCCCCCAGUCCUAGCUCCCCGGCCUCGCUGCCCCGGGCGUCCACGCCCUGCGGGCUCGGUGGGCUCAAUCUGCGCAGCGCCUCCUCCAUGUUGAGCAAGCCUUUUCAGGGGCUCGCGGUAGCCCCCGUGACCCCAACGCCGCCGCCAGGAGGCAAGGAUCGGGAAGCAUUCGAAGCUGAGUACCGAUUUGGCCCUCUCCUGGGUAAGGGGGGCUUUGGCACGGUCUUCGCAGGACAUCGCGUCACAGACCGACUCCAGGUGGCCAUCAAAGUGAUCCCCCGGAAUCGCGUGCUGGGCUGGUCCACCCUGUCAGACUCGGUCACAUGCCCACUGGAAGUGGCACUACUUUGGAAGGUGGGUGGAGGCAGUGGACACCCUGGUGUGAUCCGCCUGCUUGACUGGUUUGAGACACCCGAGGGCUUCAUGCUGGUCCUUGAGCGGCCUUUGCCUGCCCAGGAUCUCUUUGACUACAUCACAGAACAGGGCCCUUUGGGUGAAGGCCGAAGCCGCUGCCUCUUUGCCCAGGUAGUGGCAGCUGUUCAGCACUGCCAUGCCCGUGGAGUUGUCCAUCGUGACAUUAAGGAUGAGAACAUCCUGAUAGACCUCCGCCGGGACUGUAUCAAACUCAUUGAUUUCGGUUCCGGUGCCCUGCUUCAUGAUGAACCCUAUACUGACUUUGAUGGGACAAGGGUUUACAGCCCCCCGGAGUGGAUCUCUCAUCACCAGUACCAUGCACUCCCAGCCACUGUCUGGUCACUGGGUAUCCUUCUCUAUGACAUGGUGUGUGGGGACAUUCCCUUCGAGAGGGACCAGGAGAUUCUGGAAGCUAAGCUACACUUCCCUGCCCAUGUAUCCCCAGACUGUUGUGCCCUAAUCCGCCGGUGCCUGGCCCCCAAACCCUCUGCCCGACCCUCACUGGAGGAGAUCCGGCUGGACCCCUGGAUGCAGACACCAGCCGAGGAUGCACCCCCCAAUACCCCUAAAGGGGGUCCCAGCCCUAUGGCCUGGUCCCUGUUGCCCUAGUUGGGAUAGCCAUCCCAUGGCCAUGUGAUAGGGAUAGAAGGACAUCUGUUGACCUGGUUUUACAGGUCAUCUAAAAUCCAGUGUUACUAGGGUCAGAUUAGGGAUCAGGGGUCAGAAGACAUAAGCCAAGUCUGCCCAGUCCCCAUCCCAAUCCUACUAAGGAGCCUUCCUCCCAGAAUUUAUGGUUUCUUAUUCUGGAGGGGGGACUUCCUUCUCAUUUUGCUAAGGAUGUUUACUUGGUUGAAGUUAUUUCUAUUCUGAGCCCCAGGACUCUUAUUCUGAUGUGUUACAACCCUUACACUGGCACCUCCUGCUACCACCACACAAACUUAGUUCAAGUGCUCUAACUUGGGCAAGGGUGCUUUCCUUCCAAUACCCCAGCAGCUCUCAUUUUAGUGACAGGACCCUUUCCUCUAGCCUAGGGUCCCAUAUUCAGUCAAGCUGCUUACCUACCUCAGCCCAGGGUUGCUUAUUCUGGGGGAGGUAAUGCCCUAUUGUUAUCCCAGGGCUUUUUUUUUUUUUAAUUUUUUUUUUCAAUUUUAUUAUUCAAUUUUUUUUUCCUUUUGGUGAGGGGAUCCUACUUUGUUAUUCCAAGUGCUCUUAUUCUGGUGAGGAGAACCCUACUUCCAUGAUUGGGAAGGAAUGGGAGAUGGAUACCACCAGAGUCCACGAGGAUGGGGUGGAUGGUUUUUUGGGGGGAUGGGGUGGGGGAAAUAAGUCUUGUUGUUUGUUCUCCUGGGGCCUCCCCCUCCACCUUUUUUGGAUUCUUGCUGCCUCCUCCUGAGCCAGGAUUGUCCAGUUGCUGAAAUGUAAAUACCUAUGUAUUGGGGGAAGGGAGCUCCAAACUGUGUCAUCCUCUCCCUUCUCCCCUUGCCUGGAUUAUUUAAAAAGCCAUGUGUGGAAACCCACUAUUUAAUAAAUGUAAUAGAAUCACAA